CGAGCAGUAUGUUUACGUAAUUCUACUCUCUACCAUGAGUGUGCAUUCCGCCUUGGAAGAGCUCGCCAGGUAUCGAGCCCGGAACAAGCGAGCGUCGCAAGAAGUCUUUGAGGAAGGGACUUUGAUAUUACAGAAAAAUGGACACAAGAAGAUGGGUGAUGAAGUUUGGGACUUCCUGGAACAGCUCGCACUCGCAGCCAUAGAUGUUGGUCGUUUGGAGGUGGCAGACCAAUGCUUGCGACAACUCUCAGACAAGUUUCCCCAGUCACCACGAGUAAACUGUCUCGCAGGGAUUCGGUUAGAAGCCUCGGAGCCACCUGAAGCUGCCCUGAAAUAUUAUUCGGACUUGCUUGAAGCUGACCCUACUAACGUCGCAGUAUGGAAGCGGAGGAUUUCUGUUCUACGCAGGAUGGGACAAACGGAAGAGGUCAUUUCUGAGUUGUCACAAUACCUGGACACGUUUUACACCGAUAUCGAAGGUUGGCUCGAACUCGCCGAUAUCUACGCAUGUUGCAACCAGUAUGAUUGUUCUCUCCAGGCACUAUCACAUGCCCUUCUUCUUGCGCCGCAGAAUCCGGUAUAUGCCCUGCAAUUUGCUGAGACGGCGUAUACCGCUGGCGACUUGCCGUUGUCGUUAAAGAUGUUUCUUAUGGUUAUCGAUAUGACGGACGGGGACGAGACGGAAUGCCUCUCAGAGUCGACACCGCUUGGUAUCACUGUACGCGCUUGGUACGGCGUCAAACUUUGUACAAGACGCAUGUCCCAGGAUCCACAACUCGUCACCACUUCUGCGUCGGGUACCUCCCCACCGAGGCAUGCAGCGAUACUUGAUGAGUUGGCGACUGAGCGUUUACGAGUCGCAUACUCGAGUGCAGGGAAGAAGGGUGACAUUGCCCAGGGGAGGGGCAUAGUGUUUUCAUGGGUGGCUUCCCCUUAAGGGUUGCGAGGUCGUCUUAUCGCUUCCAUAGUGACUCUCUCGGCGUACAUAACAUAACACCUACGUGAACAGCGACACGCUGACUUGGCAGGGCUGUAUACCCCACUUUUGAUAUGCCCUUGUGUUUCUGGGAGCGAGCACAGUGCGGGCAUGGACAGGGGCAAAUUGCCCGUAUAUGUCAGAGACAACGUGGCUUAACAACCUCGUACUUGC